AUGUCUUCCUCAGACUCGGACCCAGACUCGGAGGACGAAGACGACGAAGAGACAACAGAGCAUCAAGACAUUGCUCGUGUAGCCGCAAGCUUAGGUCUCAAACCAGAGUCUCAGCAUGCCCUGAAGCUGUUCAUCAAGAAAUCAGCAGCCAUGAAGAUGAACAUCGUGUACGCUUGCAUGCUGGCUUUGACGGAACGUGCUGACACGAAGGAAGAACGAUGGGUCCCUUCCGGGGACCUCGCGAAGGACAUCCGUCGCUUCUGUCUGGCUGUGCUUCUUUCGUCAAAGUUGGCUGCGUAUAGAACUGCAGCCGAUCAGGCCGUCCUGAAAGUGCUCAGGCGGCACGGUACAAACCUUCCUGAAGACUGGGAGAGUAAUCCUUCCCGCAAGGAUGCAAUCAUGAAGGCGAUUGGCAGUGGGCUGACUGAUGAACGAUCGCGUGUCAAGGCUGCUAUUCGUGACAGCCUGGAUCCAAAGAUGAAUAUUGCUGACCUUGCAGAGAAGGUCGUUGGGAAUUCCGGGAUUACACCAACGGUUGACCUAUGGGCGCGUCUAUCACUUCUGAGGCAAACUAUAGUUCAGGAAGGUAGCCACGGGCGUUUGUAUUGGCUUCACGUCGACGAGUGCUUGAAGCAGACUCGAGAGAUGGCCUUCAAGGCCGCUGAACUUGCACAGGAGACCAGCAAAUAUCCCAAAUAUGUCUCAAAGGAAGUUGCCAAAGCCCUCACUAAGGACUACGAUACGUAUGGUUAUCCCACAGCGAAGGCCCCGAAACACAUGACAAAAGAAAACUCGGAGCUCUGGCAGCUCACGGCGGAGGCGGAGUCGUCAGUGCUCGAGCCGGCACGGAAGUCUAAGAAGCGUCCGAAGAGGGUUUGA